AUGUCGGGUAGUUGUAAUCAAAUAACACGCGAUGGAAUGCAAUAUAUACGGUGGAUACAUACACUUUUUGGUUUUUGUGUGUAUACCAACCAAGAUACAUUAGUCAGUGAUAUCUUUGGAUAUUUAUGUGUGGCAUGUUGGUUGAACGCCCAAUUUCCACAAGUCCUAACAAAUUAUCGAAAUCGCUCAGCUGAUGGGCUUAGUUUACCAUUUCUCACAAAUUGGCUACUAGGCGAUAUUGCCAAUUUAUUAGGAUGUAUACUGACAAACCAAUUACGAUUUCAGAUUGUCCUUGCCGUAUAUUUUUGUAUAAUAGAUUUUAUUCUAUUCUGCCAAUAUUUUUAUUAUAUGUGGCUUUCAACAGAAAUACUCAGCGAGUCCGAAGAGGUUCCAUUACCGGAUAGACGAUUAUCCAUGCAAUCAUUAAAGGAUUCUAUAUUGGAAGGUGCAAAAAAGAGCUACACGUUUCCCGCAAGGAAGAAACAAUCUUAUAAACGAAUACCGUCGGUGGUGUUUGCUGUUCUUCUCUUCACAUUUAAUUCCACCUCUUCUAUAUCAUCUUCCUUUUCCUCUUCACGUUUUCCAACUAUACAUGACGAAAUCGGAUCUCAAGAAAUGCCAUUGCAUGGAAAUGCAAAAUUACUAUCUGAGCAUAAUGUAAUUUUCUUAGGGAGAGUUAUGGCUUGGACAUGCACUUUAUUUUAUUUGACCAGCCGAAUGCCACAAAUAUGGAAAAAUUACACGAGAUCAUCGGUUGAAGGACUAUCAGUUUUUAUGUUUAUAUUUGCGGCCCUUGCCAAUUUGAAUUAUACUUUAUCCAUCUUAACCAACCCGUUGUCAGGGUCAGAAGCAUAUAUACGUGAUGCAUUUCCUUUUAUAUUAGGAUCUGUUGGAACGUUAAUGUUUGACGUCACAAUAUUCUUACAAUGGUGUAUUUGGCGUAAUGCGGAACCACGAAAGAAACGUCGGAGUAUUUAUUCCGGCAAUUAUGGUAGUGAUGCCAUAAGGUAUCACCAAUUACCAACGGAUGAUGGAAGUUUUAGAAGUGGAAGGUACAAUCGAAGAAGCGAAAUCAAUGAAAAUUUUGUUUAA